GUCGGAUGUCUUGACCGACGAGUUUUCGCUCUUUGUUCAUUUCCCGCCCUUCGCUCCCUUUCGUCCAAUGUGUCGGGAGGGACGUGUUUCGCUUUAUUCAAACUUACCUACCUAGGUGCCUGGUCCUGGGUUUAAAAAUGCUAGCUUGUGUGUUUUAGUUUUCUUCGUUUGUUGUGACUGUGUCUCUAAGAGUUAGAGGAAAUAUACCGUUUCGAUAUGGCUGAUCGCAAAGGCGCCGACGACGUCGUCGGCGGGGGCUCGAACGACGCUUCUUUUAGCUCGCGCUCGGAAUUUGUGGCUGAGGAGCCUUUUCGAGCGUAUGUUGAUGAGACAAAACUGCUUCGCAAGACCGACUUGCAUGUUGUGCCUAUACUGUUCCUUGUAUAUCUCGCGGCGUUUUUGGAUCGCGUCAAUAUAUCCAAUGCCCUUACCAUGGGAUUACCCGCGGAGCUCGGACUCGAGGGCCAGCAGUCGAACAUCGCGCUGUGCAUAUUCUUUGUGCCGUACAUCAUAUUCGAAGUCCCGUCAAACGUCCUGAUGAAGAAGCUGAACCCCCAUAUCUGGCUCUCGGGCUGUAUCCUAUGUUUUGGAAUCAUAAUGCUGUGUCAGGGCUUCGUGAAAAGCUACAGCGGAUUGCUUGCUACAAGGUUCUUCCUAGGCCUUGCCGAAGCCGGCAUCUUCCCUGGAAGUUUCUACUUGAUCAGUUUCUGGUACACGAAGGAGGAGGCUCAGAAGCGAUUUACCGUGUACUGGUCCAGCACUAUCCUCGCCGGGGCUUUCGGUGGCCUCCUUGCCUCGGCGAUAGCAAAUAUGAAUCACAUGCGGGGCUUAAGUAGUUGGAGAUGGGUUUUCAUAUUAGAAGGCAUCGCGACGGUGCUGAUUAGCGUCUUAGCGUUCUUUUGCAUCACGGACUUCCCACGAGAGGCGAAGUGGUUGUCUCCGGAGGAACGGGCGUUCCUGUUAAAUAAGACAAAGACCGACGAAUCUCGCUUGGUUCCCGUAACUCCGCGGGAUGUCCUCGCUUUCCUCCGGACGCCCAAGGCCUGGCUCGGCGGACUCAUGUACUUAUCGGUUUUGGUUACCUCAUAUUCUCUUUCGUAUUUUACACCGACUAUUAUCCAAACACUCGGUUACAGCACAAUUCAAACCCAGCUUCACUCCGUCCCCCCUUUCGCAGCAGCGUUCGGGCUCGCUGUCGUUUUAGCCUACCUCUCCGACAAGGCCCGGAUACGCUCGCCCUUCAUAUUCCUAGGUCUCGCCUUGCUGAUCACCGGGCUGUCCAUCUUAAUAACCACACACGGAUCAGCGCAUUUCUCAGCCGAGUAUGCAGGAGUCUGCCUCACGGCAAUGGGUUCCUUCGGCAUUGGCGGGAUGAUCAUCUGCUGGUACGUGAUGAACCUUCGGGGCCACGUGGAGAGGAGCAUCGGAACGGCCUGGAUGAUAGGUUUUGGGAAUUGCGGAGGCAUUGUUGCAACAUUCUUAUUUGUUAAGAAAGACGCGCCUUACUACCAUACGGGCUACACUGUCUGUCUUUCUAUGGGUUGCCUUUGCAUAGCCUCUUGUGCCUGCUACGCUUUCUACAUCUGGCGGCAGAGGAAAGCCGAGGUUGGGAUUGGGAAGGAAGGAGAUGGGAUAGACCGUGAAUUGUAUUUAUGAAGGCUGCGAGAAACACGAAGUAGAAACCACAAUUUGGAUAUUCUUGUAUAUGGCUUUGAGAUUAUGACUGGAUUGAGAUGCUGAAGGAUACCGGAAAUAGCUCUAAUCUUAUAAAAUCCCAAUUUAGUG